AUGGCGGGCUCUCACACUCCACAACCUGCUUGGAUUCUGCGCUUGCUCUGUCUUUGGGCUUCUGCAGUUCUGGUAUUCGCCGAUGAAAGUUCCUUAUCUCUUACUCAGAAUGCCACAUUGCAGCUAUCACGUGGCUUGCCUGUGGGAAAUUCUCCUGGUUCUAAGCCAGGUGCUACUGUGGUUGUUGAAAGAGUCUAUAUACAUGGACUGUCAAGGUUUAAAAACUUGGGGAAGUUUGCACAUUCCUUUAGAGUAAAGGUGUUGCCACUGCCUACAUACUCAAACAUUCGCCUGCCAAGCAUAGAGGUUUGUUUCCAUAGGAAUGUGUCUCUUGUAGCGGGGAUGUGCCCGCAUAGCCAGUGGGAGAAGGUUGCCAAGGGUUCUUGGACUCGAUCGAUGUCUCCUUUUGACCAAAAGAUCUUGGACAUAAGGACUGCUGGCCCCACACUGGAAAAUUUUGAGGUUUCUGUCGAAGAAGAAUUUUUUGUAUAUCGUAUUGUAUUGUUAACAUUGGGUAUUAUUCUGAUGAGCCUGGCGUCCUUUAUAAGCAAGUCAUUAGCAUUCUAUUAUUGCAGUGCAAUGGCAAUUGGAAUAAUUCUUGUUGUAUUAAUUAUUCUUUAUCAGGGAAUGAAACUUCUUCCAACUGGUCGCAAGAGUUCCCUUGCUAUAUUUUUAUAUUCAACUGCUGUUGGUUUUGGGACUUUUCUCCUCCGAUACAUUCCUGGCUUACUUCGAUCAGUACUUACAGAGUUAGGAGUUGAUGAAGACAUGUAUAAUCCUUUGGCAAUAUUUCUGCUAUUUUUUGUUGCAAUAUUUGGAGCUUGGUUGGGGUUCUGGGUGGUCCACAAGCUUGUCUUGACUGAAACUGGAUCAGUGGACAUAAGCACUGCUCAAUUUGUUGCGUGGGCUAUUAGGAUUUUGGCUGCUAUUAUGAUUCUUCAGAGUUCUAUGGAUCCUCUGUUGGGAACAUUGACAUUAUUAUGUGGAUCGCUCCUCUCCUGGUUGAGGAGGAUGCAUAGAGUGAGAUUCAUUCGUCAUUUACGCAGGCGUUUGUUUAAAUCACCAAAGAAAAGCAGAAGGAGAUCCCAGGUUCCUGACUCAUCGCCUUUUGAUGAUUCACACGAUGAACACGUGUAUAACAAGACACAAAAUAAAGAGGACUCUCCACUUUUUCAGCCACAACUAAAAAGCCCUACCUUAUCGCCUUGCAAAUCUUACGUAACAGGUACAUUUUCAGGUUUCACUAGGACACCACGUAAAACACAAAAGGAGGUGUUAUACCCGUCCGUCAUACACAACACACCGGAGAGAAAAAAAUAUUCAGCUGCAGAAUGGGAUGCCUUCACAAAGGAGUCAACUGAAAAAGCCUUGGAAGAACUUGUUACAUCCCCUGAUUUCAGUAAAUGGCUGUCCACCAAUGCAGAUAGGAUAAGUGUAACGCCCAACACUAAAACUGAUCGUCCGCGUGGGGGGUGGCUGUUAUGGUCUUGA